AUGGGGCAGAACUGGAGUCCCAAAUCAGCCCUCACUGGCUCCCACUGCAAGAUCCAGGCAGCAGCAUCAGUGUCCCCUGUCACCAAGCCAUUCUCAAGGGAUGAAGAAACCAUGGCCAUGGGGCAGGCACUGGGGGAAGCAGCCUUCUAUCUCAGGGUCAGCCUGAGGAAAACAAAGUCCCUGAGACAAAUCCUCAUGGAACUGCAGUUGCUGGAAGACUUCCUGAGCAAACACCCACCCUCGCUGGCUGCCAAGUACUUCCCCACCACAGCUCCCUCUGAGCCCCUGGCAAACUACAUGGACCUGGAGUAUGUGGGCACCAUCUCCAUCGGCAGCCCACCACAGGAGUUUGCUGUCCUUUUCGACACAGGAUCCUCCAACCUGUGGGUGCCCUCCGUGUACUGCUCCAGUGAUGCCUGUGCUGAUCACCAGCGCUACAACCCAGCCCUGUCCUCCACCUACCAUGGCACUGCCAACAACAUCUCCACCUGGUACGGCACCGGCAGCAUGACAGGCUACCUGGCCUACGACAUCGUCCGGGUCGGGGACAUCCAGGUGCCCAACCAGAUCUUCGGUCUGAGCAUGUAUGAACCCGGCUCCUUCCUCUACUAUGCUCCCUUUGAUGGCUUCCUGGGGCUGGCUUUCCCUAGAAUCUCCUUUGCCAGCGCCACCCCAGUUUUUGACAACAUGAUGAGUCAAGGCUUGGUGUUCCAGAAUCUUUUCUCCAUCUACCUGACUCCCGAUGAGGAGAAGGGCAGCUUUGUGAUGUUUGGGGGCAUCGACGACACCUAUUUCACUGGGAACCUCAGCUGGAUUCCUCUGUCCUCAGAAACCUACUGGCAAAUCAAAGUGGACAGCAUCACCAUGUACGGCCGCCCCAUCGCCUGCCCCUACGGCUGCCAGGGCAUCUUGGACAGCGGCACGUCACUGGUGGCUGGGCCUGCUGCUGGCAUCAACAACAUCCAAUACGAGAUUGGUGCCACGCAGGCCAAAAACGGCUCGUACAUGGUGAACUGCAGCUUCAUCAGCCUGCUGCCUGACAUCAUCUUCAUCAUCAACGGCAUCCAGUUCCCACUGCCACCCCAGGCCUACAUCCGCCAGCUGAAUGACGGCUCCUGCAUGAGCGGCUUCGAGGCCUUCAGCCUCCACACAACAGCCGGAGACCUCUGGAUCCUGGGGGACGUCUUCCUGCGCCGCUACUACAGCGUCUUCGACAGGGCCAACAACAUGGUAGGGCUGGCGCCUGCCCUGUGAA